UCCUUCUGCCCCUGAGCACAGUUCAUGGAAAUAAAAGCAUUGCUUAAUUGAGGAUAGGUCAAGUCCUCUUGCCCCUUAACAAACACCCCAAACCCACAUUCUCCCCUUAUCCUCUUCAGUUCCCUUAACCCCUUUACUCUGGUGCCCUUAACACUACCACCAGCCAACCAGCUACUUUCCCUGUCCCCAAAGCCCCCAAACACUUGCCCCAAACACCCCAAUCCUCCCCCCCAGAUGAUGCUGAAUUAUGAACGUGCCACAUCAUGAGUCUCCUGGGGCGGGUAGCUGUGCAUCGUGCCAGGAAAGCCGCCCUGCUCUGUGUAGUCUUCCUGAUGGCGCGAGCGUGGAGCAGCGCCUCCCUGGCCUUGGCAGGGGCGGCGGUGUCUCAAGGACCCCAGGGCUGUCCACCGCAGUGUUCCUGCAGUAAUCAGCAGGGGAAGGUGGUGUGCACCCGACGUGGCCUCACCCGUGUGCCCCCUGGCAUUCCUGCCAACACGCGACACCUCAAUCUAAUGGAAAACGCCAUCGAGGCGGUGCAGGCUGACUCCUUUCGCCACCUGCACCACCUUGAGGUGCUCCAGCUUGGGCGAAAUGCCAUACGUCAGAUUGAGGUGGGCGCAUUUAAUGGACUCACCAGCCUCAACACACUGGAGCUGUUUGACAACCGGUUGACAGUGGUGCCUAGUGGGGCCUUUGAGUACCUGUCUAAACUGAGAGAACUGUGGCUGAGGAACAACCCCAUUGAGAGUAUCCCUUCCUAUGCCUUCAACCGGGUUCCCUCCCUCAUGCGACUGGACCUGGGAGAGUUAAGGAAACUGGAGUACAUCUCAGAAGGAGCUUUUGAGGGCCUACAAAACCUCAAGUACCUCAACCUGGGCAUGUGCAACAUAAGAGGUGAUAUGCCAAACCUGAGUCCCCUGAAGGGCCUGGAGGAACUGGAGAUAUCCGAAAAUCACUUCCCUGAAAUAAAGCCAGGCUCCUUCAAAGGCCUGCGCUCACUGAAAAAGCUAUGGGUGAUGAACUCACAAAUCACAGUGAUAGAGCGCAAUGCUUUUGACGACUUAAAGUCAUUGGUGGAGCUUAAUCUCGCCCAUAAUAAUCUGAGCGCUGUGCCACAUGAUCUGUUCUCUCCGCUCGGGUUCCUGGUGGAGCUCCAUCUCCACCAUAACCCUUGGACCUGUGGCUGUGAAGCUGUAUGGUUAGCACGCUGGCUGAGGGAGUACAUCCCUACUAACUCAACAUGCUGUGGACGCUGUCACUCACCUGCCAGCAUGAGAGGUCGACAGCUGGUUGAGGUGGAUCGAGGAGAGGGCGCAGCGGUCCAAUGUUCUGCACCAUUCAUUGCUGAUGCGCCAAGAGACUUGAACAUCUCAGCGGGGCGAGUGGCUGAGCUUCGAUGCCGCACGGCUCCAAUGUCCUCAGUACGCUGGCUACUGCCCAAUGGGACAAUCCUGACACAUGCCUCUGGUCACCCGAGAAUAUCAGUCCUCAAUGAUGGUACUCUUAACUUCUCAAAUGUUCUUGCAGCAGACACAGGCACUUACACCUGCAUGGUGUCCAAUGCAGCUGGGAACUCCAAUGCUUCAGCCUACCUCAAUGUGAGUGCAGCUGAGCUUAAUACAUCCAACUUGAGUUACUUCACCACAGUGACUGUGGAGGUCUUGGGGCCAACCACUGAGAUGCCCAAACCUAAAACCACCACGGCCACAGCUGCUGCUGCAGGGGCAGGGGUCGCUGGAGGAGGAGGGGUAGGCCUUGGGACAACAACUACAACUGCUUCUCCUUCUGUGUUCCAGCCAGUCUUCAUCUCUACACCAACUGUGCUGUUGCAAAGCACUGAUAGCCCACCAGGUGCAGCUAAGCCAUCUGUGGUGCCAGGACUCCAAGGUGCCACUGGCAAGCCAGGCAAGUCUGGCCCUAGCCUGGAUGAAGUGAUGAAGACCACCAAGAUCAUAAUAGGUUGUUUUGUGGCAGUGACACUGUUGGCUGCUGUCAUGCUCAUUGCCUUCUACAAAUUGAGAAAGCGCCACCAGCAGAGGAGUACAGUGGCAGCUGCCCGCACUGUGGAGAUUAUCCAGGUGGAUGAGGAGGACCUUCCACCACCAGCAUCUGCAGCUCAAGAGACAGCUCUCACAUUGCCUGAAAUCCGGGACCAUAACAGCAUACACAAACUGGACUUUAUCAGCCACAAGACUGACUACAGCUUUCACAAACCCAAGGCCGAAUACAAACCCCAGCCUGAUUUCACCCUUCACAAGCCGAAGGCUGAGUAUACCACAUAUAAGCCAAAUAUGGACUUCAGUAGCCACAAAACCAUCCCAGAUUACAGCACUCACAAAUCUACACCAGAUUUCAGCCUUCAUAGACCAAAGCCUGACUACAGCCCAUUUAGACAGGACUACAGCUCUCACAAACCUAAAGCAGAAUACAGCCCAUUCAAACCAGACUUUGGCACCCAUCCAAAAACUAAAACGGACUACAGCCCCUUCAAACCAGAUUACAGCACUCAUCCUAGGCAGAAAUCUGACUUCAGCCCAUUCAAACGAGAUUACAGCACCCAACCAAAACCUAGACAUGACUACAGCCCAUUAAAAUCAGACUACAACACACAACAUAAACCUAAGGCUGAAUACAGUCCGUUCAAGCCCGACUUUGGCACUCACCCAAGACCUAAACCUGACUACAGCCAAUUUAAGCCUGACUAUAGCACUCAACCGAAACCCAAAACAGACUACAAUUCCCAGAGAUCUAAAAUUGAGCUUUCCUACAAACCCAAGGACCCUUACACCCCCCAUAAGACUGCAACCGAUUACAGCGCCUUCAAGACUGACUUCAGCCCACACAAAGCGGAUUACAGCGCCUUCAAGUCUGACUUUAGUCCACACUCUCAGAGACCUAAACUUGAUUACAGUCCACACAAAGCGGACUACAGCCCCCAUAAAGUGGACUACAGCACUCUAAAGCCUAAAUACAACACCUACAAACCAACUGGCCAUGGGGCUAAAUGGACAGACAACAAUGUUGGGAACUCUUUGCCUCGAACCUUGCCCAGCACCAUCACAGCAAUGGCUGAGCCCUUUGUCAUAAAAACUCAUACCAAGGAGAAGGUACAGGAGACUCAGAUUUAAAAGGCCCCCCAAAAGGCUCCCACUCCUUUCCCUAGGCCCCUAGCUCCCACCCACCCCUGUCCCACA